UUUUCUUUAUUUCCGUAUGGGAAGUUGUAUUUUAACAAUGUAUUCGGGUUUUCAUAAUUGUUUAAACGUUGAUCAACGUUUACCCAUCACGUAUUGCAGUGUAUAAAUAUUAGAUGGGAAUUUUUAUUGGAUAAAUCUGGUUUAUUUUACUUUUAACGUAUGAGUAGUUGUAUUUUGAUGAGUGAAUAAUGUUUUAUGAUAAUAUGGAGCAGCUGGAGUUUCACUUCUUUAUGAGAAGUGUAUAAACGUUGACACAUAUUGCCAGGUAUAUAUAUUGGAUGUGAAUUUUAAUUGGUGUCAUGUUUCGUCCAGCCAAGCUCAACAUAUCCCGUACCGGAGCCACGUUUGGUGGCAUGGUCGCAAAAUGUCUUCAGACGACCGGCUCGGUUUUUCAGCACGCGUUCACGUGCCUGCAUCUCGUUUUCUGCAUCUGGUUCGUAAACAUGGUAUUCGGCACGACCACGGACCAGAGUCAUUUGCAUCCCUUAGAGUCGUACGGUCUAUUGGGUUGUAUACUGCUGUACUCGCUGCGCUCAAUCCCCUACCUCUCUCUUACUUUUGGAAUAACGAACAUACUGGGCAUAGUGACGAUGAACACGUUUCCAGCGCCGCCCACACUGGAGGCGGUUAAGGCAAAGAUCCCGUUCCUCUGCUUCCGCGUAGUAACACGGGGCCUGUACCCCGACCUCGUGAAGACCAAUGUGGAAAGGAACAUCAAGACGUGCUAUAAAGUGGGUCUGGACAACUUUAAGUUUGAGGUGGUGACUGAUAACGCAUUGAAUCUCCCCAAGUCUGCACUGGUACGGGAGCUGGUGGUACCUAACGACUACCAGACGUUGAAGCACUCGCUGUUCAAGGCGCGCGCGCUGCAGUACUGCAACGAGCCGGCAGUAAACAUCCUCUCCAACGAUGACUGGGUGGUGCAUCUGGAUGAGGAGACGCUGCUAACCGAGAGCUCCACCAUCGGACUCGCGAACUUCGCCAGUCAGGGCCACGGGGACAUCGGGCAGGGCGUCAUCUCGUACGCCAACGAGGAGAUAGUCAACUGGUGGACCACCCUGGCCGACUGCGUGCGCGUCUCCGUAGACCUGGGCAUGAUGAGGUUCUCAUUCCGCAAGCUUGGCUGCCCGCUCAUGGGGUUUAAGGGCUCUUACAUCAUCGUGAAAGAGUCCGUGGAAAAAGACAUCGGGUUCGACUUUGGACCGAAGGGAAGCGUGGCGGAGGACGUAAUGUUUGCGCUGGUGGCCUGGGGCAAGGGAUACAAAUUCAACUUCGUGGAGGGGGAGAUGUGGGAGAAAAGUCCCUUCACGCUCGGGGACUACAUCAAGCAGCGAAAGCGCUGGUUUGUUGGUCACGUGUAUACCCUUUUGAGUCCUGAAAUCCCAUUUAAGUGCAAACUCGGCAUGAUCCCAACGGAUUUAGGCUGGUUUCUACUGGUUGGGAAUAUUUUGAAUUUUCCAGCCUCGUUUGCGUUUCCAAUCCCACUUCCGCUAGUAAUGAAUGUUACCGCUGGAAGUAUGGGAGGACUGAUUCUGUUUUUGUUCACAUUCGGAUCAAUAAAAUCGUUUAGCUCGCGAAAAUAUGGACUAUUUAGAAAACUAUUGCUUAUUUUCGCUACAAUUCCCGUUAUCCCACUGGCGGCCUGUCUGGAUGCCAUCGCGUCGGUGUACGGAUUCUACACGCGCAAUUCCGGGGGCUUCCAUAUCGUUAUGAAGGAAACACAGAAACAAACGAAACGACAAUCGUCUCAGAUCAACAUGGACUUGAUAUAAUAGAAGUCAGGGCUAAUAGGAAGUAUUCAAACAUAAUUCAUGCAUUAUCAUAGUGCAUGUAUUUAUGUGUUGUUUUGUAUUGAAUGUUUAUAUAUUUUCACAGAUUGACACAGUGUGACAUACGGUCAUCGACCUUUCAUACAUUUAAUUAGAAACUGCGAAUGUGUGCGUGUUACCUUCCAAAAGUAAGGCUGUUGUUCAUCACUUGAAAGACAACUCAUACAAUCAAUAUACACCUGCUCAUCCAUAGUGGUCUACCUUGAUUACGAAAUUGCUCGCACAUUGAAACAGUGCGUGUGUCUGUAUUUGCCUAAAUAAAUAUCUUAGAUUUAAUGUUUACACAAUUAUACUGUACACUACACACAUACGCAUUGUACCAUGUUAUUGUGCUAAUCUUGAUGCAAUUAGGUGGUCGCGUAUACCCUCUCGUGUUAACUGUUUAUAACUCCGUAGUAAAAAGCCCGAUUUUCUAUUGUAUUGUCCAUUUUACUAAGAAGAUGUUGUCCAUAUAUUUUGCAAUUGUGUUUAUACAUGUUUGUUCUUUAUACCUCAAGUUAUGACAAUGCAUAAAUUGUACAAGACUUAAUUGUACCCACAUAAAAAUGGCUUUAAAUG